CGGGCGCGCUGACCUUCAGCGGAGCUGUGCUGUAGGCGCCGCCAUGUUCGCGCGGGGCUCCGCCGUCCUGCUGUACCAGCCGCAAUGGGGCCAAGUCAGGAACAUGGCAACUCUGAAAGACAUUACCAGGCGUUUGAAGUCCAUCAAGAACAUCCAGAAAAUUACGAAGUCCAUGAAGAUGGUUUCUGCAGCAAAGUAUGCAAGAGCUGAGAGGGAGCUGAAGCCUGCUAGAGUGUACGGAACAGGAGCACUGGCACUGUAUGAGAAAGCAGAAAUUAAGGCACCCGAGGACAAGAAGAAGCACCUCCUUAUCGGUGUGUCCUCUGAUCGAGGUCUGUGUGGUGCUAUCCAUACAUCUAUUGCUAAAACCUUGAAGAAUGAGAUUGCCAACCUCUCCAGUGCAGGGAAGGAAGUGAUGGUGGUUGGUGUAGGCGACAAGAUCAGAGGCCUACUUCAAAGGACGCAUGGCAAUUACCUCCUGAUGACAUUCAAAGAAGUGGGGCGGAGACCUCCUAGCUUUGGAGAUGCUUCAAUCAUUGCUUCAGAGUUGUUAAACUCUGGGUAUGAAUUUGAUGAAGGCUCUGUCAUCUACAAUCGGUUCAGAUCUGUCAUCUCCUACAAGACUGAUGAAAAACCUAUCUACUCUUUUGAAACAGUUGCUGGUUCUGAAAGCCUGAGCAUCUAUGAUGACAUUGAUGCUGAUGUGCUGAGAAACUACCAGGAAUUUACACUAGCAAAUAUUCUGUACUACUCCCUGAAAGAAUCUACCACCAGUGAGCAGAGCGCUAGGAUGACUGCUAUGGACAACGCAAGCAAAAAUGCUUCUGAGAUGAUCGACAAACUGACUUUGACAUUCAACCGAACCCGUCAAGCUGUUAUUACUAAGGAGCUUAUUGAGAUCAUCUCUGGUGCUGCUGCUCUGGACUAAUCAGCAAAAGAGGUUUGGCCAAAUCCAAGAGGUGAAGAAUAAUUCUGAGCGUAUGAUUGAACUUGCCUGUGUUCGUUAAUAAGACUGCUCUGCUAUUUUGUGAACAAGUGGCAAAGCCCCAGAAAUAUCUGUACAUUCUUACAAUAAACUCCUUCACGAAACACGUUA